GACAUCUGCACACUCAUUGUUUUGAAUUAAUUUAUUGUUUUCAUCCAUCUUCUUCCGCUUAUCCGAGGUCGGGUCGCGGGGGCAGUAGCUUUCGCAGGGACGCCCAGAUUUCCCUCUCCCCAGCCACUUCAUCCAGCUCUUCCGGGGGGAUCCCGAGGCGCUCCGAGGCCAGCUGGGAGACAUAGUCUCUACAGAGUGUCCUGGGUCGUCCCCGGGGUCUCCUGUCGGUGGGGACGUGCCCGGAACACCUCACCAGGGAGGCGUCCGAAUCAGAUGCCCCAGCCACCUCAUCUGGCUCCUCUCGAUGCGGAGGAGCAGCGGCUCUACUCUGAGCUCCUCCCGGAUGACCGAGCUUCUCACCCGUUCUCUAAGGGAGAGCCCAGACACCCUGCGGAGAAAACUCAUUUUGGCCACUUGUAUCCGGGAUCUUGUUCUUUCGGUCAGGACCCAGAGCUUGUGACCAUAGACGGUGCACCGAUCCGCCUGUCAAUCUGCCGUUCCAUUUUUCCCUCACUCGUGAACAAGACCCCAAGAUACUUGAACUCCUCCACUUGGGGCAGGAUCUCAUCCCCGACCUGGAGAGGGCGCGCCACCCUUUUCCGACUGAGGACCACGGUCUCAGAUUUAGAGGGUAGUGAUGGACCAAUGGGAUUUGGUGGCCCAAAAGGAAUAAGAGGACCUCCCGGAUUGCCAGGAUUCCCAGGAACACCAGGACUUCCAGGUCUCCCAGGGCAGGACGGACCUCCAGGCCCAAGAGGAACACCAGGUUGCAAUGGGACAAAAGGUGAAAUAGGGUACCCGGGAGUAUCGGGAAUCCCAGGACAGCAAGGACUGUCGGGUCCACCUGGUCUUCCUGGACAGAAGGGCGAUCCUGGUGACGUGAUCUCCACUAAUCGUUUUGGGGACCAAGGAGCUGUGGGCUUUCCUGGACUGCCAGGAGUUCCUGGUCCUCCAGGACCUGGUGGCUACCAAGGUCCAAUCGGCCCGCCGGGACCGAGAGGCUUUGAGGGUCGACCAGGUCCUCCAGGCCCUCCUGGACCUAAGGGCAACAUGGGACUAAACUUCCAGGGACCCAAAGGAGAGAAGGGUGACCCUGGUUUACCCGGACCUGCCGGGCCUCCAGGGCAAGUCGGGGAGCAGAAGAGGCCAACCGAGACAGAGAUUCAAAGAGGAGACAAGGGCGACCCAGGACUUCCAGGCACCCAAGGUGAUCCUGGGUAUCCAGGUCCGCCUGGUACCCCUGGUGGCCAGAAAGGAGAAAAGGGAGAACCAGGAGAGGCAGGCAAACGUGGAAAACCAGGCAAAGAUGGUGACCCAGGUCCGCCGGGAUUUCUUGGUCUCAAAGGAGAGUCAGGCCUGCCAGGUCCCCCGGGCAGAGAUGGAGAGAGAGGCAUGAAAGGUGAACGUGGAUUUCCAGGUGCUCCAGGAGUGGUUAUUAGCGGACAGACAGGAGCACAGGUGGGUCCAAAAGGGGAGCCCGGGUUCCCUGGAUCACCUGGCGUCAAAGGAGAUAGAGGACUAAUAGGGUUAACAGGACCUCCAGGAGCACCAGGAAUUCCAGGCGGUGGUGGUGGCGGUUCACCUGGACUUCCGGGCUUCCCGGGAGAGAGAGGUCAAAAGGGAGACACCGGCAAUUUGGGGCUCUCUCUCCCAGGUCCUCCGGGCCGCCCCGGAGGGCCUGGGUUGCAAGGACAGCCAGGACCCCCUGGACCUCCAGGUUUUUCCACUGGUGGACAAAACUGUAUCGCUGGCGAGCCCGGACGUGCUGGCCUACCGGGAGAGAGGGGUUACCCGGGAGUGGCGGGCCAGAAAGGUGAAAAGGGGGACACCUGUGUCAACUGCUUUAGUGGCACAAGUGGGAUCCCUGGGUCCCCAGGACCUGCAGGACAACCUGGAUUCCCAGGAAAUCCUGGUGCCCCAGGUAUUAAAGGAGAAAGAGGAUUCCCAGGAACACCGGGUGCAAAUGGACCACCUGGUCAGCCCAGUGCUCAAGGUCCUCCAGGAUUCCCGGGAGAGAAGGGAGACCCAGGUGAAGCAAUCUCUGGUGGCGGUGCGAGGGGUGAGAAGGGGGACACUGGAUUCCCUGGAGCGCCUGGUCUUCCAGGUCUAGAUGGGCGUCCUGGUCGCGAUGGACAGCCUGGAUUUCCAGGGCCCAAAGGAGCUCCUGGAUCUUUGCAGGUCAGAGGAGAGCGAGGGAGCCCUGGUGAGCCAGGUCCCAAUGGGAUUGCAGGAGAUCGGGGUCCUCCAGGCCCCCCAGGCUUUGGACCUCCUGGAUCUCCCGGAGAAAAGGGUAUUCAGGGUGUUUCGGGAAGGCCUGGAGCUCCUGGUAUACCUGGUGCCAAAGGUGAGUCAGGCUUGUCAGUGGCAGAAAAAGGCCAGCCCGGGCAGAGAGGUCUGGAUGGUGAGCCGGGACGUCCCGGUGCACCAGGAAACCCAGGUCAGCCUGGUCAGCCUGGUUUCCCUGGAUUACCGGGAGGAAAAGGUGACCCUGGACUGCCUGGUAUUGGACUCCCUGGACCCCCUGGACCUAAAGGAUUUGCUGGUGUCCCUGGCCAACCAGGAGGUCCGGGAGGACUAGGAAGACCAGGAGUAGACGGCCUUCCGGGCCAACCUGGAUUUCCCGGGGCAAAAGGUGAACCUGGCUUUGGACUCCCCGGUCCUCCAGGUUUCCCAGGUGUACCUGGAGCUAAAGGUGUCACCGGAACCAAGGGAGAUCCUGGUUUCCCUGGAGGCCCUGGCUCACCCGGCCGAUCUGGAUUUGACGGCCCACCAGGCCCUAAAGGUGAACCAGGAACAUCUGGUCUCCCAGGAUCCAUUGGCCCACCAGGACCCCCGACGGCAGGCUCACGCGGCCCCUCAGGGAACCCUGGACUCCCAGGCCCAAUGGGUCCACCCGGAUUCACCGGAGGAAAUGGAGCAAAAGGAGACCCCGGGCCACCAGGUUUAGAUAUUCCAGGCCUGCCAGGAGAUAGAGGAAGUCCUGGUUUCCCAGGUUCCCCAGGACCGAUUGGAACCCCAGGACCCCCUGGAGGCCCUGGACAGGAUGGCUUUCCUGGACUGCCAGGUGCCAAAGGAGAUAUGGGUCCCACUGGAUCUCCCGGACCAGCUGGAGGACCUGGUGGCCCCGGGGCACCAGGUGCUGUUGGACUGAAAGGUGAAUCAGGAUUCCCUGGUAGGGAUGGUGCUCCUGGCUUUGCUGGAGCUAAAGGAGAGCGGGGGAGCAGUGGCCUUCCAGGACCUCCUGGAUACAGCCCACCACCUAUUUCCUCAAAGGGUGACAAAGGAGAACCAGGACUACCAGGAGCACCAGGUUUUCCAGGCCAAAAGGGCAUCCCUGGCAUCACUGGUGACCCUGGACUUCCAGGAUCAGAUGGACGGCCUGGACUUCCUGGUCCAUCAGGACCAAAGGGAGAUCCUGGCAUUCCAGGAGGACCUGGUGGUCCUGGAGCUCCUGGACCAAAAGGCACCAUGGGAGAAAUGGGAUUUCCAGGACCAUCAGGGCAGAAGGGUUUGCUGGGCCAAACGGGUCGACCCGGAACUCCAGGCCAGCCCGGAGGACCCGGUUUCUCAGGAGCCAAAGGUGAACCAGGUUCUGCUGGGGUUGGACCGCCUGGGCCACCUGGAGUCAAGGGUGAUCCCGGGCAGUCAGGUUUCCCUGGAGGCCCAGGGCCUAAAGGGACUCCAGGAUUACCAGGUCUGUCGGGAUUACCUGGAGCACCAGGUGCCAAAGGUGAUCUGGGUCCGCCAGGAUUCCAAGGGUCUCCUGGUAUUCCUGGUCCUAAGGGUCUCGACGGCGGGCCCGGUGGCCCAGGCCUGACCGGAGCUCCUGGAAGACCAGGAGAGCCUGGCCGACCAGGAGCACCUGGAUUUCCGGGAGAGAAGGGUCAAGCGGGUCGGGACGGGAUCCCCGGGCCGGCUGGUGUUAAAGGAGAGCCAGGGCCUCCAGGCUAUGGUGAACCAGGAUCCUCUGGACUUCCAGGAUUGCCAGGUGGCAAGGGAGACCCUGGUCCCUCUGGCCCAUCUGGCAGUCCCGGUUUCCCUGGUCCAAAAGGAGAUAGUGGCUUCCCCGGCCUUCCGGGCUCUUCAGGCCCUAUCGGCCAACCUGGACCUCCAGGUCUGGCUCUACAGGGUCCCAAAGGAUUGACCGGACCCCCUGGACCACCAGGAAGGGGUGGUGUGCCUGGCCCACAAGGUCCUCGUGGGCCCUCAGGAAGUGGUGGCAUCAGGGGAGAGAAAGGUAUUCCCGGUGCUGCUGGACAGCCAGGCUUUCCUGGUCAGAAAGGAGACCCUGGCAUUCCAGGAUUCUCAGGUCCGCCUGGCACUCCUGGUGUUCCUGGUGCUAAAGGCGACAUCGGUCUGCCUGGGGUUCCCGGAUUUCCAGGACCAAAGGGAGACCCAGGACUUCACGGUGGCUCUGGGCUUCCUGGUGAUCCUGGAGAUCUCGGACCUCCAGGCCCCCCUGGUGACCCUGGUGUUCCUCAGCCUCCCAUUAUGUUUAAGGGAGAGCGUGGACCCCCCGGUCCUCUGGGCCAGCCUGGUGCUGGGGGACUGCCAGGCAGCCCUGGACGUGAAGGGCUCCAAGGUCAGCCAGGUGACCCAGGUGAUUCUGGUCUAGAGGGUCCCCCCGGUUUCAGCGGCCCCCCUGGAAGAAAGGGAGACAAUGGUCCUGCUGGUCAGCCUGGUCAGCGUGGCUACCCAGGUCCUCCUGGUUCUGACGGUCCACAGGGUCCUCCCGGUCUUCCGGGUUCGGGCUCGGCAGCCCACGGCUUCCUCAUCACCCGACACAGCCAGAUCCAGGAAGUACCGCUCUGCCCGAUCGGAACCAACCUCAUAUACGACGGCUACUCCCUGCUGUACGUGCAGGGCAACGAGAGGGCGCACGGGCAGGACCUUGGAACGGCAGGCAGCUGUCUGCGCCGCUUCAGCACCAUGCCCUUCAUGUUCUGCAACAUCAACAAUGUGUGCAACUUCGCCUCCCGUAACGACUAUUCCUACUGGCUGUCCACGCCCGAACCCAUGCCCAUGUCCAUGGCCCCCAUCACUGGCGAGAGCAUCAAGCCUUUUAUCAGCCGAUGCUCGGUGUGUGAAGCUCCCGCCAUGGUGAUCGCAGUCCACAGUCAAACCAUCCAGAUUCCCAACUGCCCUGCCAACUGGGAGGCUCUGUGGAUAGGUUACUCCUUCAUGAUGCACACCAGCGCCGGCGCCGAGGGCUCCGGCCAGGCCCUGGCCUCUCCCGGUUCUUGUCUGGAGGAGUUCCGCAGCGCUCCCUUUAUCGAGUGCCACGGCAGGGGAACGUGCAACUACUACGGCAACUCCUACAGCUUCUGGCUGGCCACCGUGGAUGAAGGCGAGAUGUUCAGCAAGCCCCAGUCGGAGACGCUGAAGGCGGGCAACCUGCGGACGCGCGUCAGCCGCUGCGUGGUCUGCAUGAAGAAGACGUAACGGCGCACAGCAACCAUCGCGCCACUUGCUUCUGCGGUCGGGCUGAUUAACGGAGACUGGUGAUUAGGCGACGGGGAGGGGUCACACGGGGUCGAAGGUGAUGGUGGGUGAGGUAGAAACUGGUGGAAUUCCAUUGGUGCAUUGUCUUCAACGAGUCAAAACAAUGGUGCUACUGUGCAACACAGCAUAAAAAAAAAAAAAAAAAAAACUGACAUAACAAAAAUGAUUUUUUUUUUUUUGCUUUGUUUUUCCUAAGAAGUACCUCAAAACAAAAGCGGAAAAAAUAUUCACAAAAUGGUGCCACGAUGUAUGUGUGACAGUAAACAUGCAUUUUUCACCCCCUCCUAAAGAAAAGUCACUUUUAAUGUUGUGACCCAGGUGUUCUUACUUUUCUACACACGCACUCUUUUUUUUUUUUUUUUUUUUUUUCCUCCUCGUUUUCUUUUCUUCUCAACGAGGAGGGGUGGAUGAAGCUCUCCACGUGGUAACCAAACGGGCACUUUUACUUCGGGACAUCCAAGAGGCGAGAUGCACUGAUUAGGAGCUUUCCUUUGUGAGACUGACUGGCUUUUUAUUUUUGACCACUUUUUGUUUUCAUUUUUCCAUCUUAUUUCCAUGUCUGUCGUGACACGUGGUGGUACUAACCCAGCUGCAAACCCGCCUGCUAACUCCGCCUUCUUUCUUUUGUAAGUAAUAAAAUGUGUAUAUUGUGUAAAACACCUUUUAUUAUUCGCGUAUUAGGUCUUGAAUUGGUAACGAGCAUUUUUUGCCGGUUUAGUUCGCUUACACUCACUCACGCAAACACACAGAUAUUGUACAAAAUGAGGCUUUUAUGAAUGAAAACAGUAUUUUAUAUAUAAUAAAUAUAUAUUUCUAAAAAAAAAAAAAAAAAAAAGAUAGAGGUUACUUGGCAGUGGGUGUUUUAAGGUCAUGCAUUUCACCAAAAAAACAACUACUGAGCAGAGUCAAAGCCAUUUUCCCUGAGACAAGUGUGUAUGAUAUCAAAAUUACUUAAACCUUUUGUAUUCAAUUUGUAGAAUGAAUAAUAAAGCGGAAUUAAGAGGAUUUGUUUCCUGAUUGUCUGAUGAUCGAAGAAACGUUUCACAGGAUUGGAAUUAAAUCUUGGCUUCUUGUUACGAAAA